CAAAAUAAUAGGAAAUGGAGAGUUCUAGUGAUUUGUUUCUUGGAAAUUCGGAAGAAGAAAAUGCUCUGAAUGUUGCGCUGAUGAGAAAUAAUAUUCGAGAUCAUUCCAAUCCAUUGGAACUUCCAAACAAAAAAUUUAUAAGUUAUUUUAGACUCAACAAAGACGCAUUUGUUUAUGUGCUAAAUGAAAUCAAAGAUCAUUUGAAACAACCACAGCGUUCCUCCGCAAUCCCACCAAUUCUCAAACUCUGCACUGCCCUACGUUUCAUGGCAGAAGGAAGUUACCAAAAGUGCAGUGGUAAUGAUUUUAAUUUAGGCCUUGCUCAGCCAAUAGUUUCGGUAGUGGUAAAAAAAGUGCUAGACGUAGUAGAAGAACGUAUCUGUCCACAAUGCAUUAAGGCUCGUAUGACAAAUGAUGAGAUGAAUUUAUCAAAAAUUCAUUUUUACCAGAAAACCAGAUUUCCUGGAGUAAUAGGACGCAUCGAUGGAACUCAUGUUCGAAUCAUAGCACCAAAAAAUGGUGGUCUUGAUGGUGGUCCAAUGCUAUUCAGUUGAACAGCUAUAUUUUCCCAUUCUUCGUCUUGGGUUCUUUUUGUGGAACCGAAUUGUCCCUUGCCUCUGGCCAGCUCAGGUUUCUGCUGCAGAACCUCAAUCAACCUCUCGA